AUGUCUCGUUUGUCGACAUUGAACCCGACUCGUAGGCGGCAAGUGCUUGCUGCAAUUAGCUCAUUUAUGAAUCUUAUAAUGAUUUACGUUAGUCUUGGGAUGGAGUUGGCUGGUAGGCUGUUAGCUAAACGACACUUGCAGCCAAGACUCGGUAGGCAACCCUUAGACACCUACUUGGUUAGGCACUACGAUAGGCAAAGGCACCUUAGAAAUACAACCAAAAUCAGUGACACUUAUACCUUCGAUCAAAUCAGGAUGAAUCGUGGGUUAUUUAGAAGGUUUUGCGAGGUUUUUACUGUCCAAGGAGGGUUGAAGAAAACUAGGAACGUAGACAUUGAUGAAAUGGUUUAUACCUUUCUACGCACCAUUUCACAUAAUGAGAAAAAUAGGACCUUGCAAGUUAAUUUGAGACGGUCAGGGGAGACUAUAUCGAGGUCAAUUCAUCGUGUGUUGAAAGCUGUCAUUAGACUGAACAGUCAAUUCAUGAAGAAGCCGGUUCCCAUUCCUACAAAUGAGACCAGCAGUCGAUGGAAACAUUUCAAGAGGUGCCUAGGUGCCCUAGAUGGAACCCAUAUCGAUGUCCGUCCUUUGACGGAGGACAAACCUAGAUAUCGAGAUCGGAAGGGCCACCUAACCAUGAAUGUCCUAGGUGUCUGCACUCCCAACCUGGAAUUCGUAUAUUGUCUUGCUGGUUGGGAGAGCAGUGCUCACGACAGUAGGGUACUACGAGAUGCCCUCACUAGACCGAAUGGACUGAAUGUUCCCCAAGGUAAUUACUAUCUUUGUGAUGCUGGGUAUGCCAACUGCCCUGGAUUUUUGUCCCCAUAUAGGGGUCAAAGAUACCAUCUCAAAGAAUGGGGUACUAGGCAGCCUGAAACAGCCGAAGAAUAUUACAAUAUGAAACAUGCUGCUUCUAGGAAUGUAAUUGAGCGAAUUUUUGGAAUUUUGAAGAUGAGAUUCGCGAUUUUGAGGAAAGCUACUUGGUUCACUCCUAAAGAGGUUUCCCGGAUAGUGAUAGCUUGUUGUAUAAUACACAACUUUAUCAAGAAGGAAUAUGGGGUAGACGAGAUUGAGAGAACCUAUCCAGAUACUGAGCCCGAACAACAUCCUUCAGCAGACUUGGAGUCCAUUGAGGGAACCAGCAUGCAACCAUGCGCGGCAUGGACCCAAUUUCGCAAUGACAAGGCGACUUUUAUGUGGGACAACAGAUAG